CAAAACAAACAUUUGGACCAUUGUAAGAAACGAGAGAACGAAAACCUGGCCGUCAUCGUGGAACGAUCGAUCUCGGCUGAGACGAAGUGAUGAUUUCCCUUCUGACCCGACUAGAACUGGCCGUACCUCCCUUGAGUCGUGGUCGGUCCUUAUGGCGCUACAAUGACGUGAGCCGAGAGGCGGCUUGGCCCAAUUGCAAACCCAGUGUGACCCAUCAUCGCCAUCAAUUCCGAGUGGACACGUACGGCAUUCAACGCACCACUCGAUUGCGUGUGGUGGACAACUCGGAAAUUGGUCGUGAAGCCAUGGCCUUGGGAAGACCGCCCAAGGUGAUCGGGGUGAACUCUGGCUAUCAUCGAAAGAAACCCCAUGGGGCCAUUGGCGGUGUGGGCGAUCGGGUGACCAUGGCCAUUUUGGGCCAAGUCAAACGCGGCAUCAUCGUAGGCACAAAAAUCUCGCAAAAGCCUGGCCACCCACGGUUCGACUCGAAUAAUGUAGUGUUGAUUGGGGCUGACGGCACCCCCUUGGGAACACGCAUUCACGCCCCUUUGUCUAAUGCCAUGAGACCAGUUCUUAAGGCCAAAUCGCAUCCGAAAAAAGUGGACUAUACCAAGAUAUUAGCCUUGGCUACGCGAUUUGUAUGAGUUAUGGGAAGAUUGAUGGCAUGUUAUUUGAACUAUUAAACAUUAUAGACUGUU